UCAAAGCUCCGAGCAUUUUUACUCAAGCUGCUGCAGCAGUUAAUCUUUGUGAAGAAUUUGUUCUGAUCUGUUUUUGAGUUCUGGAGUUGGGGAGAACGGAGAGAAGAUAUUUGUUUGCUUGAUUCCACAUGACAACUCCAGGGUAACUGAAUAGACUGUACGGUUGGUUUGACAAGGCUGCGCCCGCGCCAGCAGCCUCACAUACCAGAGACCGGGGGAUGGAAGGGGAACUGACAGCCCUAAUGGAUUUUAUCAGAAUUUCUCUAAAGACCGACAAUUUGCCUUCAAUUAUUAAUGUUUUUCCGAGGUUUCUCUUCUGAGAGGCAUCCCAAGCACUUCGUGCCAUCCAGUCUGCAGAGCAUGGCAGCACAUCUGUGAGAUUAUGGCUGAGGAAUGAAGUCUUGAAAUAUGCUGCAGAUUUAUUCUUCGUGUUGAAUGGAUGGCUGAUGGACAGGAUUGUUUCCGUUUUGCCCUCAUCUAACUCCUUCGAGCACAUGGUGUGUGCAGAGGCCUGGCUGAGUGGCAGCAAGUGCCACCAUGCACCAUUUAUUUGGGCUGGUUUUGGCACAAAGGGACCUUUCACGUGCAGGGGAUCUUUUCUCCUUGGAGGAUGCUGAAAUCGAAGGAAGCCUCUCUGAAGCUCUUGAACAAAUAAGGACAAUUAGUUCAUCUGCUGACUACCAAACCAAUGACAACGACCAGGCCGUUGUGGAAAUCUGCAUCACUCGCAUCACCACUGCCAUCAGGGAGACGGAGUCCAUAGAGAAGCAUGGGAAAGCCCUGGUGGCUCUCUGGGAGUCGUGUCUGGAGCACAAUCUGAAGCCUUCUGGCAAAGACGAGGACACGCCGCAUGCGAAAAUUGCAUCUGAUAUCAUGAGCUGCAUCUUGCAGAAUUACAGCCGCCCUUCGGUGAUGGCUCUGGCCGUCCCAGUGGCGGUGAAAUUCCUUCAGAGGGGCAAUAAGGAGCUGUGCAGAAACAUGUCAAGUUACCUCUCCCUGGCUGCCAUUGCUGAAGCAGAGCUGCUGGCUGAUCACACAGAUGCCAUUGUCAAAAGUGUCCUUCAAGGGAACUCGCUGCUGCUGCGUGUCCUGCCUGCCCUAUAUGAGAAGCAGCCACAGCCGAUGGCGCACCGCCUGCCCGAGCUUCUGGCACUGAUGGGCCACCUGCAGCCAUCCGAGCAGCAGCACCUCCUGCGGCUGCUCCAGCUCAUGGCACGGAGGAAAGAGCUCGGGGUGCUGAAAGAAUGUAUUCUGUGUCUGUUGGGGCUUGUGAGAGACCCCAACCAUAGUGACAUUAUCCUAAACAUACUGACAGAAGUAUCUGGCUAUGACCCAACGGCCUUGGCUGCGUUUCUUCCAGAGCUAAAAGAAAUUGGUGAGAGUUUCCCACAUUUGAUUGGGCAAACAGCGAAGAUCUUUGGGGCUGUUGGACUCGUUGAUGAGGAGCAAGCCAGGAAGUGCCUGAUGUAUUUGGUGAACCAGCUGGCCAACAUGGAGCACUCUUUUCACCACAUCCUUUUGCUGGAAAUUAAGAGUCUCACUGACACGUUCUCUGGCAUCUUGGGCACCCAGAGCAGAGACAUCUACCGCAUGAGCAACAGCUUCACUGCCAUAGCCAAGCUCCUGGUCAGGCAGCUGGAGAACAGCAGCUCAGCAUCAGCCAGGACAGAAAAUGAUACAGACACGGUAUCCCCUGUGCCACUGGGCAAUUUAAAAUCUGUUGUGAAUGGAAAUGAAGAAGAUGAAAAACUUCAAGAGAAAAUACAGGCUUUUGAAGAAAAAAUAAAUAUUGACACCAGUACCCCUGGCUCAGUGAGAAGAUACAGCUUAGGCCAGGUUUCUAAAGAAGAAAGGAAGGAUAUGAGAUUUAACAGGUCCAAGAGCCUGGCUUUGCAUGCAGUCCGCAUGAAGGGGGUGAACACAGACAGCGGGCGAGACGAGGAGAAUGGGGAUGUAACUGCUGGGAUCUCCUUCACCGAGAUCUACAACAGCCAAGAAAAUGACAAGUUGCCUUUCAGUGUCGAUGCUGAAGAAAUGCAACUGGGAAAUUCCUUGGUUUCACACCAGAGUAUCGAUUGCACAGAAUCAGAAGGUUCUCCAGCACCUGCUGGAGGAGAGGCCCAGGAAGGAAGCAUGGUGCUGGGGAAGGAUCCUGCGGAGUGCCACGACAAGCUCUACCUGCACUUGAAGGAAAACCUGGGUAAAGUGAAAGCAUACGUCAUGGAGAUGGGGAGGAGGAUUCCUGUCCCUGACCAUUGUGUUAUUGAAGAUACCAUGAGAAGCUGUGUAGCAAAGCUGUUCUUCAGCUGUCCCCUGAAGGGCCACUACUGCCUCUACAGCAAAUCCAGCUUCACGCUGCUCAGUCCUCAGCCUCCACUGUGGAUCCACAUCAUGUUCCUCUUCCAGCAGAGCCUGUUUGCUGAACCUUUGUCAAUGCAGAGUAGUUCAGUGCAAGUCCUCAAGGCCCUAUGGGAGAAGACACAGCUCAAGGGGACACACAGUUUUGAAACUGCCAUGAUCCAGUCUACAUUCCCACACCAAAAGGCCCAGGAUCUGGACCACGUGCAGAUGCACCUGGAAGAAGUGAGGUUCUUUGAUUUAUUUGGCUACAGCGAGGAAGCGGGAGCCUGGCAGUGCUUCAUGUGCAACAACCCUGAGAAGGCAACAGAAGUGAACCAGGACGGGCAGCCGCUGAUGGAAGGCAAGCUGAAGGAGAAGCAGGUCCGCUGGAAGUUCAUCAAGAGGGGCUCCACCACAUGGCUUUUGCCACGGACCUCACGCUCCACCCAGCCGCCUCCAGCUGAGCCUUUGCUCCCGGCGCCUGCUGGAGAAACCAGUUCUAUCCCAGCUGACACAGGGUGCUCCAGCACCACGAUGCAUCCACCACCAAUGGAACGGUGAUGUAAAUCUGGCUGUCCAUCCUGCCUAGCAAUUAUUACACUGCAUAAACACCACUUCAAUAAACUCCGCUUAGAUAAAUAUAUUUUCCCCCUUGCAGAGUGUUCCCAUAACAGGCAUUGUUUGUGCAGGAAGUGCAGGUUUGUUUAAGGCAAGGUGAUGCCAAAGUGCUCCUCUCCCAAAGGAACCCAGUGUUGUCUUUCACUUCUUGCCCUCAUCUAAAUUCAGGGCAACUCUGCUGAAAUUUCUGUGAAAUCAUUUGGAAGUGACACCAGUGUGACUCAGAGUCAAGUUCAUUGCUGGGCAUGGACGAGCAGGUAAUUAAAUCCAGUCCUCAUUAGUUCUUACUUGCCCGUUAGUAGAAACUAACUAUCCUCAGCUGUUCACAAUGAGGAUUAUCAAACAUGGCGCAAAAAAAGGCCUUUUAUUUUUGUUGCAACAGCACUCUCUUUGGUAAUCCAAAAAUAGCAGCAUCCUCCAGCUGCAGCCAAGCCUUAGUAUUUCUGGUAAAUAAUCUUUUUCAUUGCAGAAACCCAGCAAAGCUCUUUAAGCCUCUGAAAUGGCUUCCUGAGCCCCUUCCUCUGAGGACUGCAGCAGGGAGGGCAUUGGCCCUUGCAAAUAGAACAGUUUUUUCUUUACUUUCUGGUGACUUAUUCUGAUGAAUUGAGAUUUUGAAGACAUUUCAAUCCAUAUAGAGCCUCAGCUUCUGCUCAGGACUGGCCGAGGUUCACUUUUUGUAGUGCUGGAGUAGUUGUCAUUUCUUUUAGCAUGGUGGUUGGCUGAAGGAAAUGCAUUUAACGGAAUGGAUUUAAUUAGCUGUGCAAACAAGGCAGGCAAAAGUCACACUGAACACCUUGAUUCCCCUGGGAUGCUAUUGGCGUGGAGCAGUCACCCCAGCACUGUGCUCUCAGGGCUCUCCUGGUUGAUGUGAGGAGAUGGUCAGACAGCAGAGUUUGCUAAAUGGCAGAACUCAUGUGGGUUAACUUCCCUUUCUUAGCUGUCAGAUCCAAGCUUCUUUGUUUCCUCUGGAGCUGCACACAAAUAUCUGGCUCCUCGAGGAGCAGACUGGCGUCCAGCCCCCAGGGACUGAGGUGGUUGUGCCUAGGCAAUCAGUCCUCCAACUGCUGCCUUAUAUCCUGUUACCACUACAUUUUUUGCUUAAAUUAGAGAGUUGAGAUGUUAACCAUUGCCUGGGCUGCAGCACGGGAGCCCCCAUGCCCUGCAGCAGCCUGCGUUGUAUGCAGGCCUGGGUUUGACUGUUGCACACACCAGCAGAGGGGCUUCCCUGGCUGUGCAUCGUGCUCUGUCUUGCUUCGUGUCUGCAUCUGGUGGGAAGGGGCAGUUUGCUCUCAGUGCCACAGAGUCUGUCCAGCAUUGGACUGUGAGCAGACAGCGAGAUGCUGUGCUGGGGCAGCAAGCAGCAGCAGGGAGGUCCCACCAGCAACAGGAAUGGCUGCAGGACACACCAAUAGCACUGCAGCCAUGAGGGCUGGUAAAUAACUCUGUGUUUAGAAAAGAAAGAGGUUCUGCCUCAUCUGGUGCUCAUUGGAGGGCUGAGUGGGACCAGCUCUGCUCCAGCUGCACAGAAGAUCCGGCACUGCUGCUGAGGGAUGGGCGCACGUGGGUGCUGGGACUGUCACACUGCUUGCCUGGAAGCCCAAAGCAGCACAGAGGAGGCACGGCAGGGCGGCCAGCUGGCUGUGAGUGCCUCUUUCCCACCGCAACCCUUUC